AUGUCGUUCGAUCGAGUUCUUCCCAAACCCCUUGGACUCAGUUAUGAACCUUCUCCGAUAUCCAUUCACAGACCCGCGAGCGGCCUCUUGGAACCCCAAGUUAUGAACGACGAGCUGCCUUCCAAGCUGGCUUUGGGGGAUCGAGCCACCGAUGGUGGCUCUGAAGGGCCGUCGCCCUAUCCACGGCCCAGUAAUGUUAGCGGAAGUGUUGCUGCUGAGAAACAGCAACAGCAUCUCUCUGAGAUGAACCGGGCCAAGGUGGUCAUUAAUAAAGUUGCUACCAGUGCCUCUGUCGACCACUCUUCCAAGUCUGCUGGGCCGUCGCUCACCAAGGAUAUCGCUUUCCGGGAACGAUCUUCAUCCUCCAGUUCCGGCAAGCCAGCUACCAUGAAAGACACUGUGCAGUUCUGUCUCUGUCAACCAGACCCCAAGAUUCCGAGGCCCCGUAACGCCUUCAUACUCUACCGUCAGCAUUAUCAGGAAUCCGUGCUAUCCCAGCAUCCAAACCUGGCAAAUCCCGAAGUAUCCAAGAUCAUCGGGGAACAAUGGAGGGCUCUACCUGAUGAGAUCAAGAAUGAGUGGAAGGCUAUGGCCGAGGAAGAGAAGGCUCGGCACCAACAGCAGUAUCCAGAUUAUAGAUACCAGCCACGGCGGUAUGGUCGGGAUGGCUCUCGUGGCUCGAGUGCGGGAAUAAGUCAUAACUCUGGCUCGAAUAUAUGUAACCGAUGUGGUGGGCGGUUGAUGAAACCUCCUCCCUCUCCAGAUGCUUUGUUCCAGAUCAACCGGCAGGCCAGUAUGAGCUCUCCGUCUCCUCCGUCUCCUCAUCCCAACAUUCUCUCCAUUCGGAGUUUUCAAUGUCGUGCAAGAGACAGUGGGCGUGGCCCGACGCCAGUGGCCAUUGACCCCAAAGCCUCCCGGCAACGUCAACUUGAAGAGAGUGGGGACCAAUCUCCAGAAUGUAAACGGCGUCGAUUCAAUUCCCAGGCCGUCUUCAGGGGGAAUGGUCAUCGAGACAGAAGCCCUGAAUCGCCUUAUCCAGCUACUCCCUAUUCACCACGCGCGGACAUGCCGGGCUUCCGGGGUCUACUUCAGCCGCUGCAUCCACCAAGACCAUACCGAAACAUUAAAGAACAUCCAGCUCAUGAUACUAGCCUUCGAUUGCCACCAUUACAGACGGCUGGGCCGGUAAUGGCCUCGACACCCAUUACACCUUUCCUACGAGAUACACAUAAUAUGGAGGCUACUGUGAUGACGAUCCCAUUUCUUAAUAAAAUAAAGGUCCUGGCCAAGAUCUCUCCGCCUCUUACACCUAGUUUCCGCGAUGCUACUUCGCCCCGGGGCCUGGUGGUAGCCGUCGAUGGACAGGACGCUGGUUCGGUCAAGUCAAUGGUCGAUUAUCUCCACAGCAGUCUGUCAAGGGAAGGAAAAUACACUGUUCGUAUCUUCGAAGGCCCUGAGGUCCAGUCACAACGGCCCUCCAAGCCAGAAGAGAUGGGUAGUUACAUGACUGAGUACUUCGACCUGAUUUCCCGCUGGCACCGUAUUUCUGGAGAGAUCGUCGACUUCAUCAAGGGGACAAAUGAGUGGUCUGAGGCGAGGUCUGAAUUAGACAGUCGCUCGGGAGUCUCCCCUAAAACUAUUAUCCCAAAGACGGCCAAUCUGACAAUUAACUCUCCGAUCCUGCAGUCCAGCGAUGGUGGAUCAGAGUUCUCAGCGUCCCCCCGUUCGUCAUCCGGCACGCCAGCGCCUAAUUCCAUCCCGAUCGCCCUGGUUCCUCGAUACCAGCUGACAACAGCAGAUUCAUAUGCCUGCUCGAUUCCCCUAGGUGACGAAUACGCACCUCUAGACCACUGGCAAUGGAUGGCAACCCUCUGGCGUGCAUGCGUCGGACCGGAUAUCACCGUGUAUAUCCGAGAAUGCGAGAGAGAUGAGCUCACUCGAUACGGAGGGGGAAACCCCGUUGAGGUGCGUCUUAAUGAUGCACGCACGGUGAUUGUAAGAAGACCGUUGGAUUCUCAUGGGGAACUUGAAGAGAAGGCGAUGAAACGCGUUGGGUUUGAGGUCGAGGAUUACCUUACCCAGUGA